CACUAUGGACCUUGCUUUUCCUCCUUCUUCAAUUGAUCAGUCAUCUUUCUUCCCAGAUUCUUUUUUGUAUAAGCGUGCCGCUCCCAGGUCUCCAUCUUCAAGCGAUUUUAAUCUUCUACAGGAGCAGGGAGGGAUAAGUUCACAAGAAAAUUGAACCAAAAUGACCGAUUGACCGGCGAUUCAUGCUCAGAGCACGGCAACCAUAGGCGCCAACGAGAGCCCAUUCUUUUUCCGAGGCCAUCUCUACGCCCGGGGAAGAGUUAAUUUGAAAAAUGGCGGAACAAGAAAUAAAGUUUGUGCCGCAUCAUAUGUUUUUUCCUUCAAGUGGGUUUAGGAAUCCCUUGCCGUUCCUGGGGACAUAUCAAUCCGAACCCUGGGAAAAGAUCAUUCUAAGGAUGAGUGAUGAUUGUUGGGACACAAAAGAGGACAGCUAUAUCGGGAGCAAGAAGAAUGUUGAUGUUGUUGAGUUGUUGAAGGGCCCCAACAGGGAUUUCCUGAUUAAGCUGGAGAAGAAGAAGAAGAAAUGCAGAAAAGUAGCUGUGCCGGUCCCCAUUGAGCAGGAGCUGAAGGGCUGUUAUGUCAUCGUUGCUUGUUUCUUGGCCCCCAUACUUUCUGCUUCUGGUGGCGCUGAAUCUUGCCAUACUCUGAUACGUCUAUUUGAAGAGGUGUCCGCCAGGAGAUUGAACCCUGAAUGUAAGAUUGUUAUCGUGACCAAGGUGAGACCGUGUGCCACAGAUAUUUGGAGUGGACGAAAUGUCGAGAAGGUGAUUUUUAAUAAAUUCUUUUCCGGCUUCCCCAAGGGUGUCCUUGCCAUCCCCUUUUCAGAUUACAAGUCUCGUGACAGAGUUUUCAGCUCUCUUAGUAAAUUCAAACAGCCCCCCGAUGCAGUCCUUGUUGUGGAUCCUGUCGGCAAGGUUCUGGGUGAUAGUUUUGGCUUCUUAUGCUCCUAUGGGGCUGCCUUCUACCCUUUCUCCAUGGACCAUCGCCGCGAGCUUUCCAGGCGGGACGAAUUUUUCAUGGAGAGACUAUUCCCCUUCUCCUUCUCUUAACUACAAAGACACACUGCUGUCCCUUGCUGAACUUUUC